GACCCGCGCGAUCAACGUUCAUGUACCAACGCAAGGCUGUGUUUUAUCCCAUCCCUCCCAUGUGGACGGAGUGGAUCCGGGGCUAUUUUUUCCCUUUGUUCGAUGCAACGCACGAUGGGCUUCCCUAAUCAUACUUCCUUAGUAGACAGUAGUCUAAUGUGUGUCAGGGUGGUCCAAACUGUCAUUCGCAUCGCCCCCAUGUAAUAAGGUCCUAAGUAAGAAUAAUCCCAGUGGGUAUCUGGUUUUUUUAUUUAUAAAGCCAAGCCUUCCUGCUGAGAUCUUUUUUUCUUCUCUCUCCUCUCUGGCUGAUAUCAUCUACUCUGGUUCACUCAUACUAAUCUUUAUACAACUACACCGAUACCCACAAACAAACCUACUACACAAUUUUCGUUCAAUUGACUCAUUCAAUUGACUUACCUCCACGAUCUCAACCCUCCUAAUCAACUCAAAUCAAAUCACUCAAAAUGGGCGAAGGUCAAGACUGGUCCUCCGGAUUCUGGGACUGCUGUUCCCCAUGCGGCACAUGCUGCCUCGGCUUCUGCUGCCCCUGCUGUCUUCACGGCCGCACCAGCUCCCGUCUCAAGGACCCCUCCCUGCAGAACGACAGUAUAAUGAACGGCAGUUGCUGUCUCUACUUCCUCACCAGCUACUGUGGUCUCUACUUCAUUCCCCUCAUGAUGAAGCGAGGACAGAUCCGCGAGAAGUUCGGGCUUGAGGGCUCCGGGUGUGGGGACUGUAUGCGGGCGUGCUGCUGUCCGUGCUGUACACUCAUGCAGAAUGAGAAGGAGGUCGAGAGUCAUGCCGGUCUGUUGCAGUCAUCUGGGUAUCAGGCUCCCGGGGAGAUGCAGUAUGGGAAGGCGAAUCGGUAAUUGGGGAGGGGAGGUGAUGUUGGGUUCUUUUUGGGAUAUGAUAUGAUCUUUUCAGGAUGAUGCAAUUAUUUGCCUUUUUUUUUGGUUGGUAGCGGGGGUGUUUUAUUAUCAUUUUUUAUUCUUAUUCUUAUUCUUAUUCUUAUUCCUCUUCAAUUUUGUUUUAUGUUUCUUUUUGUUUUCGAUUCGAUUUAGCUGGCUGUGUUGUUGUGAUUCUGUCGAAUGGCUGCCGGGAAAUGAGGUGUAAGAUUACGGGGAAUAAAC